GAUGUUGAUAAGAUAUGUAAUGCUGUAAGAUUUAUUACGCAUACAUUCGCCAUGUGUGCAUCGUGUAUAAAUGACUUUCUGCGCUCACAAACCGGACUUCCUCAUAAUUUAGCAUAUUUAAACAUUUUGGACAAUUAGAAUGAUAAAAAAAAAACUUGAUAUUUAUCAUUUGGCCAAUUUUUUAAAGUUGAUUUUAUUCCUUAAACAUGCUUACUUGUCGACAAAAAAAUACGUAUCAAAUAUUUUCUUUCCCUCUGCAAACUCACCAUUUCAUUAAAAUCGAAGAGGAACACCUGGGACGCCUUUCCUUGUAAGUGUCGUAUGCACGUGUCAUUCAAAGUGAUAAUAUUUGCUUAUGCUGCGCAAGGUCAAAUUGCUCUUACACGGAACUAUACACAGCGGUUUUACACAGCAAAUGGGGAACUCGACAGCUAUUUGCAGCGACAAUCUCUGUUUGCGCAUCAAAGCAGAAAUUCGUAACACUCGAAAUCCCAAGAAGUAUACACAUCGCGCGAGGAAAUUUCAGCUUGAUAGAUUCGACUCACGCACACCUGACGAACAGCUGUGUAGUCGUCAUAACUUUGUCAUGGGUCUUGAUCACGUAUAAUUCACCCUUCUUGAACGCCUUUUCUAACAUACUCGAGAUGCAAGAAAAGCAAACACACCGAUAAAGCAUAUGGUAACAAAAAUAUAUAGCACACACAUACACGAGGAGGUACACUUUUCGUAAAUUUUUGCAGUCAGCGAGGGUAUCAAUACCCUGAAAUGAAGCACACACAAACUGCAAUGUGAUAACUCCUUGGAUUCACCCGAAGAGAGUUUCGAAUGACAUCUUGAUAAAAGAAAACAUGUCUACCUGACGGACAGAUUAAGAAGAGUUGCGAUGCCGUAGUUGUCGCUAUGAGCGAGAGCCGGUGCUACACGGAUUCGCCCGUGCUCACCGAACAUCAGCCCUUCAACCGUAAUGGGAAGGCGCUUAGGGGAUCUAAGAAGAGCGUGCUGUUCUAUACGACCGACUGUGGAGAUGAAAAAGAGGACCUGGGUCUCAAGCUUCAGCAGCGAUCUGUCUCGUUGACCGCGCUACACACCGGAGUUGGCGCCCAGCAGCAGCUAUUGGAACCCAGAAUGGCGCAAUUGGAGACCUUAGAGGCUAAGAUGGCCAGUAUAGAGGUGUCAUUGUCGACAACACCGAGGCGGAAGAAAGGCGGCAGUAUUUCUGGGGGCGUCCCGUCCCCCGCUGGUCACCGGAACAGAGAUCAUUACAAAGAGCUGGACGCUCUCCGAGUGGCUUUACGCGACAAAGAAAACAUCAUACAGACGCUCAAGGGCCAGCUCUGCAACACGCUGAGCAGCAGACUGGCAUUACGCAACGGCGCGCCACCCUUGACCGAGGCCGACAGGAAAGCGGCCGAGGAGCGGCUUCAAAGGUUGCGACGGGACGCCGACAAUAAGCGUCUGGCGAUUAAGAACCUGAAGCUCGCGCUCGAGCGUCUCGAUAUCACGGACAACAUCGAUGUUCGAAUACAACAAGCGGAACUGGAAUACAGACUGGGCCGCGAGGAACUCGAGCUGCUGACUCUUCACGAGGAGAGCAGAGCCUUGCAAACCGCCCUGGAGCUGGCCGAAACUCAAGAAAAACAAAAGAACGAUACAAUAUUCAACUGCAUUUCCGGCUCGACACAAGUCACGAUCCACGCGAUAGAAGUCAGCGCGGAUCCGAAAAGUCCCCGUUUCGGAGCCGGGCCCAGGGACGACGCGAUCGGCCUCUACGUCGACUGGGCCGUGGAGGAGUCUGGUCUUUGUAAGGGAGACAGGAUUUUGGAGGUAAACGGAAAACUGGUGGUAGGAGCGAGCAGGAAUGACCUGGCACGUCUUCUGGCCGUCGCGCCCGACGCCGCGCAAAUAGUGGUCCUUCGAAAAGGAGAGUCCCUCGCGGCAUUGCGCACCUUGCGCUCCGAUAAUCUCAGGCUGACACACAGGAUUAGUUAUCUUGAGGAGCAGGUCAGAGAUCUCUUGGCGCCGAGCAGGACCGAGGUCCCCACCGAGGAUCCGCCGCCCAGUCGUCAGGAACAUGUACAGGUUUUCCAAAAGGGGCCUCAAGUGACAGCACUCGUGGCGAAUCUACCCGGUCUCAACGUGAGAAGCUGCACAGAACUGCGGCAGAGUCUGCCGACUGUCCGAAGUAGACACAACGAUCAAUCUAAGCGCCUGGUGGAUCCAAGGAACCAGCGCGAGCUCGACUUCUCAUCUGACGGGGUCGCGAACGGCCAUCACAAGCCCCGAAACCGACAGAAGCACCAGGGACUCCAGCUGGCCAGGUCGACAGCCAGCCUCGACUGCAAGCAAUCGCCAAUGCAGUCGCAGAUGCAGCGUCGAAGAUCACCGCGCGUCGAAUCCGCAAUGGAGCAUCUGCACAAGGGUCGCAAGAGUGGCUCACAGCUGCAGUCACUGGAGUUCGACUCUGAGCCGACUUACUACCGUUUACAG